GUCACCGAUGUUUAAAACGUUUAUUUGAUCUAGAUGAAUUGUUGGGUAUAAUUGCCGGUCUUUUAAAUUAAUUUAAAAUGAUGUUCCAAACAAAUUCGUUGGACAUUCGUUGACAUUUUCGCGGUUUUAUUAGAUCUUAUAGAAGAAAACCCAAUGAUGGCCACACAAGAGUUGGAUCCGCUGUUUGUCAAGGCGCUAAAGCUCUUACAUUCCAAGAGCAAGGACUCUGGAGCGCUGCUCAAACAAAUGCUUGAUGAUGCUAUAGCUCAAAGAAAAGGCCUAAAAUUGAAGUCAGGAGAGAGUGAGAAGACGUCAGAAAAGUCCUUGCCAAAGCACAGCAAAGAUGAGGAUAGUAGCAAGAAAAAGGAGGCUGAAAAGAGACAUAGUGACAAGAUGAAGGAUGGUUCAGAGUCUUCGCCAGAGAUUCCCGCCAAAAAGUCGCGGUUGGAAGACUCUCACAGCGAGACAAAGGAGAGGAAUUCUGACAAGGAUUCACAUGACCGUGACAGGGAAAAGGCCAGGAAGGAUGCCAAGGAGAGGGACAAGGAAAAGGAGAGAAGAGAACGUAAGGAGCGGGAGAAAGAAAAAGAGAAGGAAAAGGAAAAAGCUAGGAAAGCUGAACUUGAGAAAGAGCAGGAAAAAGAGAGGCAAAAACAGAAAGAAAAGGAGGAUAAGAAGGCAGAGAAGAAGGAAGAAGACGAGUCGUCAGAGCAAGAACUUGAUAAGAGCAUGGAUGCAGAUGACUUCGCUAUCGGUCUGGGCAUAUCAUGUGUUGUGUGCAAGCAGUUUGACGUCACCUCUAGAAACCAGUUGGUUGAGUGCCAGGAAUGCCAUAGUCUUUAUCAUCAGGAAUGCCACAAGCCUCCAGUGGUGGAGCAAGAUGUGAAUGAUCCACGCUUCGUCUGGUACUGCUCCCGAUGUGAGAAAACUAUGAAGAAAAUGGUGGGCAAGCCAGUAAAGACAAAGACGCCAUCCGCUGCCCCAGUAGAAAAACAGGAGAAGCAGGCGAUCAAACCUUCCAAGACUGAGCCCAGUAACCUGUUUGCAUUCAGCAGACGAGAAACUAAACUGAGUGCAUCAUCUUCCAAAGAAUCCUCAUCAAUUGGGACCGCUAAACCCCUGAGUGGUCUAGCUAGUCUGGCAGCCAAUCUCUCUGGACAGGCAAAGUCCACUUCCUUGAAGACAGACCCUUCCAAAGCUGGGAGCCAGGCUAAAUCGCCAGGAAAUGGGAAAACCGACAUUGGCAAAUCCACGUUGAAGUCUGAAUCCUCUAAAUCUCCGCCAUCAGCAUCAACUACUCCCAGUAAAUCAUCAGACAGUUCAAAAUCAAAAUCAGAGAAUGAAAAGUCAAGCUCUUCAAAUGAAAAAGAGAAGAAACCGUUUCAAAGGCCGCCUUCCCAGGAGUCAAAAUCUAGGUCAUCGCCAGAGACUGCAUUCGGGCUGAAAUUAGGAGAAGCGAGUAAGAUCAUGGGGAAGUCCCAGUCUACGUCCAGUUUGGCAGCGUUAGCAUCGGGAAAGUCGUCAUCAGUGCAGGGUGGACAGAACUCAGUGGUAAACGCAGAUAAACGUUUGCAGAUGAUGAAGAAAAAAGCUGCCGCAAAACACAAGUGAUGAGAUUGCUUUAACACUUUACUACUUAUAUACGUAUUUCCUGCAUUUGUAUUCCCUUAGAAAGUUAAAUUUAAUGAAAGACCUUUCUUACUAUAAUUUAAGUUUUAAAGGCUUAAUAUCCAACCCUUAGAUGCUGAUGAGCAGCAAACAGCAUAACACCUCAACAGACGGCAAGUUACUCGCAGGCUGUUCUGGAUUUAUGCUGUUUGACAGUUUGCGUAAAGCCAUUUUCACUUUGCUUCUGAGUGAGAAAGGGUUAAAAGAUGAAUGUGAAAUUAUUGGAAUAUGAGAAAAUUAUUCAAAAUAACGAAAAGGCUUUGUAAAAAUAAUAAUUAUCUACAGAAGUCAUCAGCUAAUUAUGUAGACUUUUUUGUUUCUUGGAAGCUAGCAAAAGUAAUUUAAUUAAUAAUUGGUGAGGUGUUUGAUAAGUCAUCUAUGUGAAAAAUAACAAAGCUUUAUUUCCUUUAGUGUAUGCAUAUGUUGAGAUUAAGUUACAAAUAGCAGUUAAGAAUACAGAUUGUCAUUGAA